AAACCGCUAACCCAAGACUCCUCCUCCCUCACGCCACCAUGACAGUCCGUCGCCAAGCCUAUAUGACCUCUCCCUCCCCUACGCUGAGUAACUGACGUAGCCUACACUACAGAACGGUUGUCACAGUGCCGUAACAAACCGUAGCUUGCGCUGUUGGAGCCACCCUUCGCCAUCAUCCGUGGACAUGUCGGCAUCCAACGAAUGCAGGUAUAGCUUUGAGGAGAGCAAGGAGACUGCUGACUGGCUCCUGUCACGGAUACCACAGAAGCCUACGGUAGCCAUCAUCUGUGGUUCAGGCCUGGGAGGACUAGCUGACCUUCUGGAAAACAGAAGUGUGUUUCCUUACAAGGACAUCCCCUACUUCCCCAAAAGCACAGUGCAAGGACACGCAGGUCAGCUGGUCUUUGGGGAACUGAGAGGGAAGCAGUGUGUCUGCAUGCAGGGCCGGUUCCACUUCUAUGAGGGUUACGACAGCUCCACGGUGACCUACCCAGUGCGGAUGUUCUUCCUAUUGGGUGUGGAGAUUCUAAUUGUGACCAAUGCUAGUGGCGGGCUGAACCCUGAUUAUAAUGUGGGGGACAUUAUGAUGAUUAAAGACCACAUAAACAUGCCAGGAUUUGCAGGCCAGAACCCACUCUGUGGCCCCAACGAUGAACGCUUCGGCGUGCGGUUCCCCUGCAUGUCGGAUGCUUAUGACAAGGACAUCACCCGCCUGGCGCAGGAGGCAGCCGAGGAGCAGGGCUGCGCCUCCUUCCUCCGCCACGGCGUUUACUGCAUGCUGGCGGGACCCACCUUCGAGACCAUCGCAGAGUGCAGGGCACUGCAGAUACUGGGCGCCGACGCCGUGGGAAUGAGCACAGUCCCGGAGGUGGUGGUGGCCCGUCACUGCGGCCUGCGUGUCUUUGGCCUGUCACUCAUCACAAACAAAGUUGUUACCAACUAUGAUAGCAAGGAGCGGGCCAAUCAUGAAGAGGUCCUGCAGACGACCCGGAUGCGCACUGAGGACCUGCAGAGGCUGGUCAGCCAUUUAGUUGGGAAACUGUAGCCUCCUUGGAGCCAGGAGUCAACCUAGAUCACCAUUUAUGAAUGUAUAGAGGUUUAUUAAACUAUAUAAAGCAGAAAGACAGACAAUGUUUUAGACACCAACAGAUGUCAAAUGUAAUCUAUUUAACCUAAACAAGAAAAGUUGCACUAGGAAAUGGUAAUUAAUAUGGCUUUAUGUAUAUGUUAUGAUGAUUUAUGAUAAUCACGGGCAGAACUGUGCACUGACUGCAUUUCGGCUUAAUUUGACACUUUAUCCUCCUAAUAUCCUGUUAUCAAAGUACUUACUUAGCUACUCAACACUGUUGCUAAUUGGUUCAGCCCCUUAACAGUGAGCAUUUUCCAUGCCUUUGAGCUGAACUCUAACUCAAACGGAACACAGCAUGUGUGUGUGUGUGUGUGUGUGUGUGUGUGUUUGUGUGUGUGUGUGUGUGUGUGUGUGUGUAUGUGUGUGUGUGUGUGUGCGUGUGAGAGAGAGGAACAUUAAAUCAUCUUAUUUCCAUUUUACUUGACUCUUACUGUUAAAGGAUAAUCUGUAUUAAACACAAAAUUGUCAAUCAUGUAAUUUACCUCUUGUUUAACCCUAAAUGUGUGGGCGUCCAUGCUAAUGACAGAUCACUUCUGCCUUGACAACUAGAAGAACAUUCAGGCAACGUCCAAGGUGCCUCUGAAAUAAUUCCACACUAUUGCAUUUUAUUGACAAUAAUCUGACAUGUUUGUGUGAACACUGUGAUAAAAUUCUCACAAUAGGUGCUUGUUCAUGGGAGGGACCAACUUUUGACAGUGGAGUUUUCCUAGGUUUGGUCGUCGUCUGGGAAAUUCAGAUUUCCAUUUCAAAACUUGAAUGGCAGGUGUAGGACACUUAGGGCAUUUUUUAUUGCACCAGAGAUAAAGAUCUUUUGCACGUGUAUUACAGUAAUGAUGUUUUAGACAGUGUUCCAUUGCAGCUGCUUGUUAGAAUGUCAUGUUUGGGUGUACGGCCUACAUACUACCUUUUUCAGAGACUGUAGUAAAUAGUGAAGAAAUGUUCUAUUUUCUUUACGAACAAAAACACUGCACAAAUACUGGAAUCUUACUUUAUUUUCACAAUACAGAGACAAUGAAUAAUGUGUACUGGUCCCAGGUCAGAACCUGUGUUAUAACCAAUGCUGUAUUUUAAUAAACUGGACAUGUCAUUGA